AUGAGCGUUGAAUAUAAUUUCCCUCUCUGCCCCACUCACCUUCAAUAUUUCUACUAUCUAUCUAUCUAUCUAUCUAUCUAUCUAUCUGUCUGUCUCACUUCUGAAAGAGAGUUGAAUAUAAUUCCCCUCUCUGCCCCACUCACAUUCAAUAUUUCUACUAUCUAUCUAUCUAUCUAUCUAUCUAUCUAUCUAUCUAUCUAUCUCACUUAUGGUCAAAAAACACUAUCCCCCCCUCUCUCCCACUAUCUAUCUAUCUAUCUAUCUAUCUAUCUAUCUAUCUAUCUAUCUAUCUAUCUAUCUAUCUAUCUCACUUAUAGUCAAAUAAAUCUAUCUAUCUAUCUAUCUAUCUAUCUAUCUAUCUCACUUAUGGUCAGUAACACUAUCUCUCCCUCUCUCCCUCUCUCCCUCUCUCACUAUCUAUCUAUCUAUCUAUCUAUCUAUCUAUCUAUCUAUCUAUCUAUCUAUCUCACUUAUGGUCAAAUAACACUAUCUCUCCCUCUCUCCCUCUCUCCCACUAUCUAUCUAUCUAUCUAUCUAUCUAUCUAUCUAUCUAUCUAUCUAUCUCACUUCUGGUCAAAUAAAUCUAUCUAUCUAUCUAUCUAUCUAUAUUACUUCUGGUCAAAUAAAACUCUCUCUCUAUCUAUCUCACUUCUGGUCAAAUAA